AUGGCUACCGCGGAAGUCUCCCCGUCUAGCUCCCCGCGUCUUCCCAGUCCACCUCCGUUUACAGAGGUUCAAAUUGGGCCUCAGUCGCCUUCCGUGGGCGAGAAAUUGGGGAAAGAUGCGGAUCUAUCAUUCGGAUCCUCUGCGGGCGACGAUGGCAGCCCUACGCGUCGGAUACGGCCAGGUACCAAAGCUGCCGACAUGGCCUUUGGCCCACCGUUGAUCCCUCUCUCACAGCUCGAUUCUCCCUUCCAGCUCCAGGAACACCUCAAGGCACUUUAUCAUCACUAUACGAAGCCCGAGGGAUCAGACACCAUGGUCCCCAUUACCCGCCAGGUCGCAAGCCAGCUUGCGACACCCCCGGACGGAGUUGAUCGGUCCCUGUGGCUGUACGAGCUUUGCCGGUUUCUGACUAUGAAAGUGAACAAUCUGAUCAUCGCCUUCUUCGCCGAAAACCCACCCUGUUCGUCACAGACCUGCCCUGAGAUGCGUGCGUCCGAAUGGCAGUAUCUCUGCGCAGUCCACGAUCCGCCCAAGUCCUGCUGUGCCAUUGAUUAUUGCUGUCAUACUCUGGACUGGGCCACGAACACCCUCACCUCACCCAAGUAUUUCCCAAGCCGACUCACGUUAGGCGCCGAGGGCUCGGGCGGCCCUCAGGCGAGCAUGCGACACUUGACCAAUAUUUUCCGCCGGCUAUACCGCAUCUUUGCACAUGCGUGGUUUCAGCAUCGGGAGGUCUUUUGGACGGUAGAAGGGCAUGACGGUCUCUAUGUCUUCUUCAAGACAGUCUGCGACAUGUAUGCCCUGAUCCCAGAGGAUAAUUACACUAUCCCACAGGAAGCGGAAGGGCCAGAUGCGGUGCAGCCCAGCGUUGAUGAAGUGGUGGACAAUAAGAGGCUGACCAUCCUGCGUAAGAGUGACGAGGGCUCUUUUGGCCCAAAUGCGGAUGGUCUUGACCCAGCAAUGGGUACCGGAGCAACCACUCGUCGCCACAAGCAUAGCCCGUCGAUGGGAUCGCGGGUCAGCACGAUCACAGAAAGCGCGGAGGACAACGAGGAAGCGCCGCACGUUGCCCCUCCUCUACAAGAAGUUUUGCAGGAGGAAGCGGAGUCUGAAUCACACGAGGAGGCAAAAGAGGACCUUGGCGAGCCUGCAGAUCCUAUUGUCACCCAAGAACCGUCUGUAGAAGCACCCGAACGCCCCAAUUCUGCUUCGCCCGAGGGCCCCCCGACUCUGGCCGAAGAAGAUGAAGCAUCGAAAGAAGUCUCAGAGGAAGCGAAAGAAGAUGAGAAGCCUGCUGUAGAUUCUCAAGACGAGCCCCAGUCUCCGCCUGCUUCAGAAGAUGCUGCUGCUACUGCUCCUGGUGAUGAUCCUGCUGAAGAAGGCCCUGAAGAAUCACCACAACAACCCCAGACUAAAUCUGACGCCAAGGAGAACCAGGAGCAAUGA